GCUUAGGGAGCAAUUUACAAAUUCAGUGUGAUUACGUUCCUCAUUUUUUGUUUAACAGGGAUCAUGCUCAAUAUUUGACGAAUUUUUGUUCAUUCUGCGCAUGUCUGUUCUGAUUGGUUUAACACGCAGUAUAUCAUAAGAAAUGCGCAUGUGUUCUUACAAACUCAUGAUCCAAAUUUUUAAGAAAAGUUCAAGUCCUCACAUUCUUAAUAUUCUAAAUUUUUUAAUUUGGUCAUGAGUCUUCUAUGGUCAUGAGUCGUCUAUGUCUUCUUUCACUAUUUGUAUAUUUUGUCCACUUUUGAAAUGGAAUAGAUAAUAGGGAAUCCAGUGAAGCUCACUGUAUAACAUAUUUUAAUUUGAUUUUCAGCAUGCAACCACUAGAGUGCAUCAUAAAAUGAAAAAUGAAGAUUCAUUAUAACUUGUACUUUAAACAUGUUUAUAAAUAUUUAAAAAUUCAUACUUUCGAAAUACUUAUGUAAAAGGUGAAGUUCAUAUAAAUCAUACAUGUUUUACGUUAGUGAUUAGUUGCAUACAAGAAAAUUACUUUCUUCGCUUCAACUUGCGUUUUUGAAUACAACAUAUGUUGCUUAUUUUGUUUAUGUUCUCAACAAUAUAACAAGUACGUAAUACUUUACGUGAAUACAUAAUUGGUAAUUCCUUAUCAGAAUAUAUUUGAAGAUAUUUCUAAACCAAAAUGAAUUUUGCUUUGGUAUCAGAAUAUUUGGAAACUUAUGAAGGAAGAGAUAAAUUUUUAAGAACAUUAUCUUAUAUGGCAAAAUUGGCUACGCUGGGUGCAUCUUCCAAGGAGAUGGAAAAUAAGUUAAAAAUAUUUGGUAGUCAAAUGAGUGAAUGUAGAGUGAUUUUAAGAUUAUUAGAUGACAUACCAAUGAUUCAUUACGCCAUGUCAUAUGGUUGGGGUAAAGAGGAGCCAGAUUGGUUGAUCAGAUGGGCAGAACUGAUACAGAUUGCAGUGAAUAUUAUAUUUUGUCCAAUAGAACACAUUACCUGGGCUGGUACAAAGAAAUUAGUCAAAAUUAAUAUUGAAGCAUGGGACAAUACUUCAACAUGGUUUUGGAUAAUUUCUCUACAUUUGUCAUUACUGAAGUCUCUCCAAAAAUUGAAAAAGUUCAAUAAUUAUAAAACACAUCUCUGUGAAACUACUUAUGAUACAAGAAUAGCUUUAAAAGCAAUAAGUAAGCAAUGGCGGAAUGAACUAUUGACUACCACAAGAUUGGUAUUGGAUAUAAGUUAUGCAGUUAGUUAUUUACCACCUGGUGUACUUUGGGGUGGUAGGUUAAAAGCUUGGCAAGUAGGAGCACUUGGAACAUUGUCUUCCUUGAUUGGUUUGUAUCAGGCAUUAAACAAACGAUCAGCAAAUAAAAGGUAUUCUUGAUAUUUAAUGUAAAAAAUUAUAUCUAGCAGUAUUAGAUACUACAUGGGAGUGAGAAUCUUGAUUGUAAAUGCGUUUUUAUUUCUAUUAAAAGAAGCUUUUUAUAAUUCGAACAACAAUAUAUAAUAAAUAAAAUCAAGAAAAGAAAGUAAUUUUAA